GCCUGGUACAGGCAUGGCGGCACUGGCCGUGGCGGCUGCUGCCCUGUCUCUGCUCAGCGCCGCUGCUUCGUCGAAGGCCGCGUUCAACCUCUACCUCAAGCAGCACGAAUCCCGAAGGCUGUUCGGUCUGGAUGUGGAGCUGUACUACGUUAAGGAAGGCCGCCGCAACGAAUACGCGCUGGGCUUCGUGGUCCCCGUGCCAGCCAACGUGUCCGAGCUGGAAUUCGUCUGGCAAGCGCUCGGGCCACUGCCGCUCGCCUAUGCACUGGACGUGCAGGUGAACGAAGGCCGCGGCCACCGCGCCUUGGGUGCGCCAUCCCUGGACGUCUCACCUCGGGGCACACUUCCGCCGGCGCCCCGCAGCUUCCGCGUGCGGCUUCCCUGCACGGGCCUCGCGAGUGCCGAGGUUCCCGUGCGCAUUGUGCUCAACGUGUCCGUGGUUGCGCCGCCGGACGCUCAGCUCUUCCACCCCGACGGCCGGCUGUUACAAGCGGCCGGAUACGACCUGCCACCGGCCUACUAUGGCACCCGACCGGCGAACACUUCCGUAUCGCUGCCGCGGAACAAGAUUUGCGCCAGAGAUGCGCAGUCUCCGGAGGAGGUGCCCGGCUUCGUGCCCUCGCCGGUGGCUUCGUCAACCUCCUCGUCCUCUCGAUCGCUGGUCGUGGUGGCCGGCUGCUCGUGUGCCGUGCUGGCUGCCCUCGCUCUUGCGGCCGCCGUCGCCUGGCUUGUGCGCGCGCGCAAAGCCUCACCCAGGGAUGCCCCAGUCGAGGAGCCCGCGUGGCAGACAUGGUCGUCACCCGAUGGCCGGCCGCUCUCGUGCGGAUCUCCUUGGAUGCUGGGCGCGCACCGGGAUGAGCUCGGCCCACGCAGAGAUCUCUCACCUCUUGCCGUGCGACCGCACUCCGGUUCCGGUGGUGAUCCGGACACAGUUCAUUCAGACUUCUCCCAGAGGCUGGCGGAGAUCCACGUGGACAGGAGAAAAGUAACGUUCCUUGAAAAGCUUCACCAGGGCACAUUCGGCCAAAUCUUCCACGGCCUCUUGGUAGAAGACUGGGCCGAAGUGGGCGCCGAGCAAAAUGUGCUCAUCAAGACCGUCACCGGUGAGCAGUCCGCGGCGCAGGCGGCACUGGCGGUGCGCGAAGGCCUGUCACUGCUUGGCAUGAACCACGCCAACGUGCUGUCUGUUGUGGGGGCCGCAUGCGACGGCCAACCGCUGCUGCUCUACCCGUACAUGAAUGCUGGCAACCUCAAGCGAUUCCUCAACCAGGCCGACCAGGUGCUGGUCACACAGGACUUGGUGGACAUGGCUAUCCAGGUGGCUGAAGGGUUGCAAUACUUGCACAAGCGGGCCUUCGUGCAUCGAGACGUGGGAACUCGGAACUGCGUUGUAGAUGAUCGGCUUCACGUGAAGCUGACCGACAACGCCCUGUCGCGGGACCUCUUUCCGGACGACUACCACUGCCUAGGCGACGGGGAGAACAGGCCCAUCAAGUGGCUCGCACCCGAAAGCCUCCAGCGGGCCAUCUUCACGCCUUCCUCGGACAUCUGGAUGUUCGGCGUGGCGCUGUGGGAGCUCAUGACGCUGGCGCAGCAGCCGUACGCCGAGCUCGACCCGUUCGAGGUGGCCGAGCAGUUGGAGCGCGGCUACCGGCUCGCGCAACCCGUCAACUGCCCCGACCCCCUGUACCUGGUGAUGGACACUUGCUGGCGCGCGGACCCGGAGCAAAGGCCCUCUUCGGCAGUCCUGCUGCGCCUGCUGGCGGAUCUGUAUGCGGCCCUGAACCGAUUCAUCUAGGCCGUUCCAGCCGUCCAGACAAUCAGACUCGCCCUCCAUUGUCACACUGCGUCGUGUGGUUUGCGCUAACGGCUGGCUGCACCUAUGCCGUUACAGCGCUCUCGCACCCCGGUCUACCAGAGCGAGUGCUACCGCUUCGCGUGCUAACAGGCCGUAUCGCCGCGACGUCUGUCGAUCAAGGGACCACGUCAUCCGCGCGUCAGACUCGAUCAGUAAGCGGCCGUCACUCAAAAACCGCUCUGCUUGGAAAAGAUUUGCAAACCUGGCUCCAUUCAAUGUCGAACCCGUCUGUAUCGCGACGCGUGAGCCAAGAAGACGGCUCGUUGUAUUACUUUUGCUACGAACGCCGUGGAAUCGUGCAAUGCACUUAGGUCCCGCGCUGUGCCUUGACCGCCCUCGAGCUUAAUUAAUCCCGGUUAGUGUUGUCGCGGGACUGGGCGGCAAGCCAUGGUGUACCGGGACACUUGCAUUACCUCCGUGACAACGUGCUCGAUUUUUAAAAUGACCUCAUCCGAGGUGUGUAAAGGGUUUCCGAAGUGAUUGCUAGAAAGCACUGGUGCCGCGAUGAUAGCGCUCACAAGAACAAAGAGUAGCACUGUCCCUCUAUUGCGUUUUCGUGCGGUCACUCCUGAGGUGCUUCAUGUCUGCUGCUUCAUGAUGACUAGCCGGCUGUGCGCGUGACCUAGCUAGAUCAGAAGCCAGUCAUAAAGUGCUCCUCGAUUGAUGGUGCAUGUUUGCGGUCAAAGCGCCCACAUUGUCGGACGUGACACCAGAGGAUAGAUAUUGAAAUACGAUAUGCGUGCAAGUGUCGAGUGAAAAUGGAUCUGUCGUUUUUCUGUGAAAACGAAGGCACGAAGCGCGUGUACAAUAAAAAUGUUUUACUUCGUGCUCCAGCUGCGCGUUCCUGUCGUAUUCACGCCUCUCAC